GGGCGGGGACGCUGCGGGCCGCGCCCUCCCGGCCACUCCCCCGUGUCCUCCGCUCUCUCGCCCAUGUCCUCCGCGCCACCGCGAUCGCCCACCCCGCGGGCCCCCAGGAUGAAGAAGGACGAGUCUUUCCUGGGCAAGUUGGGCGGCACGUUGGCGAGGAAGAAGAAGGCCCGCGAGGUGACUGACCUGCAGGAAGAAGGCAAGAGCGCCAUCAACUCGCCCAUGACCCCCGCCUUGGUGGAUGUCCACCCCGAAGACACCCAGCUAGAGGAGAAUGAAGAGCGUACCAUGAUUGACCCCACCUCCAGAGACGACCCCAAGUUCAAGGAGCUAGUCAAGGUGCUCCUGGACUGGAUCAAUGACGUGUUGGCAGAGGAGCGCAUCAUCGUGAAACAGCUGGAGGAAGACUUGUACGAUGGCCAGGUGCUGCAGAAGCUUCUAGAAAAACUGGCGGGGUGCAAGCUGAACGUGGCUGAGGUGACACAGUCUGAGAUUGGACAGAAACAGAAGCUGCAGACAGUUCUGGAAGCCGUGAGGGACCUGCUGCGGCCCCAUGGCUGGCCGCUGAGCUGGAAUGUGGACUCCAUUCACGGGAAGAACCUGGUGGCCAUCCUCCACCUCCUCGUCUCCCUGGCCAUGCACUUCAGGGCCCCCAUCCGCCUUCCUGAACAUGUCACCGUGCAGGUGGUGGUCGUCAGGAAACGGGAAGGCCUGCUGCACUCCAGCCACAUCUCAGAGGAGCUGACCACAACCACAGAGAUGAUGAUGGGCCGAUUUGAGCGGGAUGCCUUUGACACACUCUUCGACCAUGCGCCCGACAAGCUCAACCUGGUGAAGAAGUCUCUCAUCACCUUUGUGAACAAACAUCUGAACAAGCUGAACUUGGAGGUGACCGACCUGGAGACCCAGUUUGCAGAUGGUGUGUACCUGGUUCUGCUCCUGGGCCUCCUGGAAGACUACUUUGUUCCUCUGCACAACUUCUACCUGACUCCCGAGAGCUUCGACCAGAAGGUCCACAACGUUGCCUUUGCUUUUGAGCUAAUGUUGGAUGGAGGGCUCAAGAAACCCAAGGCUCGCCCUGAAGAUGUGGUGAACCUGGACCUCAAAUCCACCCUGCGGGUCCUUUACAACCUGUUCACCAAGUACAAAGACAUGGAGUGACAGCAGCUGACCCUGGUGGCUCUCCAUCGAUCCCCAUUGCCUUCCCAGGAGAUGCCUCCCCAGGGAGGCCACAGGCUUCCAGUCCUGAUGUGCCCCCUCCCCUCCCCUCCCUCUUUCCCCUCCUCUCUCCUUCCUCCACUGUUUGCCUUGUGAUUCCCCAUCGGGUUAGGCCUUUGAAAACUCAGUGCGUAAAUACCUGGCUGAGUUUGAGGCCUCACUUCAUCAUCUCUUUCCGGGAUAUUCUGACUCUGCUUUCUGUGUCUCCAUCAAAAGAUGAAAAAGAACAAAGACUAGCUCCAGCCCUCAGCCAACAAGGACGCCAUCUUACGGAGCAGUUAUCCAGAACGGGCUCUCUGUAGCCUCUGGCUCCAGCCCCAGCUCCAGGGACUUGGUCCUGCAUGUCCUUGGGAAAUCUCCCCAGGUUGGACUCUCCUUGGACGUGGGGUCUCUCUAUUUAAUGAAAAGGUUUUGAAGUUUGAACGACUUCUCUCCCAAGUCUUAGCAGCUGUCGAUGUAUGGCCAGUGUCCCCACCUGGCCUUCCUCUGGUUUCUUGGUUUUAACUGACCUUUCACAUAAAUGCUCAUGAUCUGGAAUGGGCGGGUUCCCAGGGCAGCCUCACGGCGUGUCUGGGCGUCUUGCUGGCUCUGAAUGUGAAGCUGGAGCCAGAACCUUCCACCCCAGAGGCCCCUGUUCAGGAAUGAACCUGUUUUCAGAGACUUUACGAAAGGGCAGGGAUCCAUUUCGGGGGUAGCUGGACCAUAUGCUACUGAGUAACAGAAGUGAACAUCCCACAGCGCCAAGCGCCGUUGUCUUUCUGAAGUGAGACCCGUCCCCACCCCCCAUAGCAUCACUGACCCCAUGCCAUCUUCAAGACUCCUGUCUCCAAAUGCAACCUCCCUGACAUCCAAGAAGUAGAUUUGGGGGGUGUGACUCAGCUGGUAGUGGGGGGACAUAUGAAGUGUCCAUCUCACUUCUCUCAUCUCUCUGCUGACCCCCCUUCAGUGUUUCCUAGAAAAGAAAAUGUUGGAACUCCCAUGCGUGUUCACCUUGUGCCGGUCUCUACUCUGGAGGGAAGUGGGGUCCCGUGGCUGACUGGCCCCUCGUCUCUGGGUCGUACACCUGUGGCACCGCACCUCCCACCCCCCGCCCCCACGUUGUACACCUCCCCCUCUUUCCUUGAGCCCCUCGGCCUUCUCAGAGUCCCACCCUGCCACAGACAGGGCUGUGGAGUGAGUUUUAGUAUUAAAUUGAAUGUCAGUGUUGAAGUUCUAGAAACCAGUUUAAUGUUCUCCCCGGUCCCACUGUUGCUAGGCUGGGGAUGGGCCUGGAAUAGCCUCUCCAACGGAGGUGGCUUCCCAGCAGGGGAAAGAAAAUUAAAAUGGCAUUACCGGGUCUCCCUGAGGGAUUUGGUGACAUUAAAGAGCCACGCUGACAAAAUA